AUGGGACACAGCCUGCGUACAUCACAUGGAGCCCAACCAUUCUCUAAGAACCAACAUGGGACACAGCCUGGAUCAAUCACCUGCAGCUUGCAGCUAGCCCAACCAUUUUCUGAGAACCCACAUGGGACACAGCCUGCGUACAUCACCUUCAGCUUGCAGCUAGCCCAACCAUUCUAUGAGAACCCACAUGGGACACAGCCUGGAACCAUCACCUGGAGUAUGCAGCUAGCCAAACCAUUCUCUGAGAACCCAUAUGGGACACAGCCUCGAUCCAUCACCUGGAACUUGCAGCUUGCCCAACCAUUCUCUGAGAACCCACGUGGGACACAGCCUGCGUACAUCACAUGGAGCUUGCAGCUAGCCCAACCAUUCUCUGAGAACCUACCUGGGACACAGCCUGUAUCCAUCACCUGGAGCUUGCAGCUAGCCAAACCAUUCUCUGAAAACCCACAUGGGGCACAGCCAGGAUCCAUCACCUGGAGCUUGCAGCUAGCCCAACCAUUCUCUGAGAACCCACCUGGGACACAGCCUGUAUCCAUCACCUGGAGCUUGCAGCUAGCCUAA